UUAGGGGAUAGAAAAGAACAGAACACAACCUAGAAGGCCCAACAGUUACAUUACUGCCUGUGGAGAGUUCGAUCACUUUAAAACGCUAGAAACAUGGAGAUUCCAGAUACCCCAGACACGAAAAUAGCUAAAUCGCCCCCGCCCCUGCCGCCGACGACGCAAGAACCAGACCCCAAAAGACUCAAAAUGUCUACUACAACCACUUCCGACGACGAAGAAACCGCUUCCGCCACCAACGGCACCAAAAAACAGAGAUACAAACGACGGAAGAUCGCCAUUUUCUUUGCCUACUGUGGCGUCGGCUAUCAAGGCAUGCAAAAAAAUCCAGGAGCCAAAACCAUCGAAGGCGACCUUGAAGAAGCACUGUUCCACUCUGGCGCCGUCCCCGAGCAAGACCGCGGCAAUCCAAAGCGCUAUGAUUGGGCUCGCUCGGCCCGAACGGAUAAGGGCGUAAGCGCCGUGGGCCAGGUCGUUUCUGGGCGGUUCUACAUCGACCCGCCUGGACUCGUGGAGCGCCUUAAUCGGAUACUACCUGCCCAGAUUCGGAUAUUUGGGUAUAAGCGUGUGACGGCGUCGUUUAACUCGAAGAAGUUUUGUGAUCGGCGGCGGUACGUUUAUCUUAUUCCUGUUUUUGCUCUUGAUCCAAGUUGUCAUAGGGAUAGGGAAAGUGUUUUGGCUAGUUUAGGAUCUGGUAAUGAGCUUGUUAAGUGCUUGGAGUGCUCAGAAAGAGGCCGUAAAGUCGCAGGUGUUAUGGGCAAGCGGAGUUUCGAAGCCAAGUCGACAAUAGUUCAGUCUGACGUUUCUUCGAACAAUGGAGAAUCUGGAAAUGUAAUUAAGGAACAUAACCUGACAUCUGAACUUGAGGAGGUUACUGAUAGUUCUGUCCAAAAUGAGGUUACUGAAGUGGAUAAAGUUAAUGUAGAAAAGAUACCCCUGGAGGAAAGAAGGUUUUGUUAUGGUGAGGAAGAGAAGGGGCGGUUCAAUAGAAUAUUGAAGCAUUACGUUGGGUCUCACAACUUUCAUAACUUCACUACAAGAACAAAAGCUGAAGAUCCUUCUGCACGUCGCUAUAUCGUAUCAUUUCACGCAAACACUGUUGUUAAUGUUGAGGGCAUUGAUUUUGUCAAGUGUGAGGUUGUAGGUCAGAGCUUCAUGCUUCAUCAGAUUCGAAAGAUGAUUGGAAUGGCCGUUGCGGUAAUGAGGAAUUGUGCUUCUGAGUCACUGAUUGAAACUGCAUUACGAAAGGAUGUGAGCAUCAAUGUACCUACAGCACCCGAGGUUGGUUUGUACUUGGAUGAGUGCCUCUUUGCAUCAUAUAACCAAAAGUGGAAAGAUAGUCAUGAAGAGUUGUCUAUGAAAGCUUAUGAAGAAGAGGCAGAGGAAUUCAAAAUGAAGUUUAUAUAUUCUCAUAUUGCCUCAACAGAACGUGAGGAAGGAGUUGUAGCCCUAUGGUUGCAUUCUCUGAACCACAGAAAUUACCCUGAUUUAAGGGGCUGCAAUGUAGAAAUGAUAGAGGGGAUGAGUCUUAAGGUGGAUAAUAAUACAGACAACACAGACGCGAAGAGUGCUUCAGUGGAGAAAAAUGGAGAUGCUGAGAUACAGAGUGCCAAAGAUUAGAAUAUGACCGAAUGAACAGUCUCAUAAUGUUUCUAUUUCGUUUAGAAUUCUUUGCUUCUGCUUCUUAUUAUCUUUUAGCAAGGUGGGGUUGAAUUUUGGAGCUCUCCUGGCGUUACUUACAAGGCUGCUCAUGUUUGGAAUGAAAUCGGUCACAAACAAGAGAAAUGUGGAAUGGCAUAGACUCGUUUGGUUUCAACACCAUAUUCCUUGACAUGCCUUGAUCACUUGGAUAGCUAUUUUGGACAGUCUAUCAACCAAAAGCAGACUUCAUUCUUGAGUUGUGCAUUUGGAUUCUGUUGACUCUCCCUUUUGCAAGCUGUGGCAAAAUAAGGGACCAUAUUUUCUGCACUUAUGAUUUCUCAAGGCAGCUUUAGGACAAAGAUCUUCAUGCUCGUGGUAUAUGGUGACUGGCAUUCUGAAUUGCAGUGGCCAGUGGGCUAAAGACAAACUUAAGGGAACAGUACUUGCUUCAGUCAUCCUUUGCCUUGCUUGGUGUUCUUAUAUGUACCACUUGUAGAGGGAGAGAAACAGCAGGAUUUAUGGAGAGAAGGCAAAUUCGAUUUUUUCCCUUUUUUUGUUCCAUUGUUAAUGAUGAUGUUAGAUUUAGGCUUCAGGGGCUAGGAAUUUUACUAUCAACAGGGCUUUAUGUAAUACCGUGUCUCUAAGCUGGCAUAGUUGUUGCUUUGUUGGAUUUGUUGAUGCUGCUGUUUGUAGCCUUGGUUUUUUCUCUGUGGCAGCUUUGCUACCUUUUUUCUUUUGCCUGAGCUUGCUGCUUCUUGGAUAAUAAAAUUCUUAAUUGUCCAGAAAAAUCCUUUUACUUUGAAUGUUGACCCUGUUUGAUAUCUGUUAAGUGCACGGGGAUGUUAAGCUUGAGAACUUUGUACUUGGUCUACCAUCUAUACUAUAAGAGAUUAAGUUGUUUCCCGUUGACCUUGGAUUAGGCGAGUAAAUUUGAUUUUAGCCCUACACUUUCUUUAUAGAUUUCCUUUAUUAUGUCUUAUCAACACCAAGGCAUUGCAGCAACAAAGUGGAAAGAUAGCAGCAGGCUGCAUGUUGGUUAUAAUUAACACCCUGAUAUUUUCAGAGGAACUGUUGGGUAUGCAAAUGUUCAUGCUUAUUCGGGAAGAACUGCCUGGUAGAGAUGAUCUUGAGUCUCCUGCAUAGACACUUGAAUGCCUACAUUGAGGUUGAUUACCAUGGCAGGGCUAUCAGGUGCGGCUGAUAUAACCAUCAUUCUGGAGUUGCUUGAUCGGAGCAUAAUUUUUAGCAUUUAUCUUCUACAUUGUUAUCUUGGUCUUUCUUUUACUUUCCGGAUGCAGGGUGACAACAAAUCCUUCUUAGUCUGCGAAAGAAAAUGGUUACAUCACCUGAAAAUGGUAUCUUUGAGAGUGUGGUGAACAUGGAGAGCCCAACUACUCCGAACUAAUAACUUUAUUCGAGGGUUUGACAGGACCAAAUCAACUACAAGGCCAAUAAACCCUGAUGGUGCUCAAAAGGUAUCUAUGUGUAUAUUUAAAUAUGUUUUUGUAUUAAAUAGGGUAACGUUACUCUGAAACAGAUACCGUCUUAGCCUUACUAUACACUAGAACUGAGUGGAUGAGUUGUCGCUUA